UUCAUACUCCCUAUCUUUUCUAGCUCUGUACGGUUCUGCAUGGUUAUCAAUAAAAAAUAUUCCGAAUAAAACUGAGAAUUAAAGUUAAAGUUAGUUUUUUAAACUAUCUGUGUUUAGUGCUCACAUUUUCUUACUGUUAUACAACUCAACUCGGUUCAACUUAAUUCAGUGUUAACCAAAAUAUUAAACAGGAUUCCUCGGAAAGGGUCCGCGUAUUAAAAUGGGGAUCGACAUUAACCAUAAAAAUGAUCGUAAAGUUGUGCGAAGGGCACCAAAGAGUGAGGAUAUUUAUCUCCGGCUUUUAGUUAAAUUGUAUCGAUUCUUAGCAAGAAGAACUGGAGAGAAGUUUAAUAAGAUUGUAAUGAAACGUCUCUUUAUGAGCAGAAUUAAUCGCCCUCCUUUGUCACUAGCACGUUUGGCCAGAGUAGUGAAGAAACCAGGUAAUGAAAAUAAGACAAUUGUUGUUGUAGGCACUGUUACAGAUGACUUAAGGCUUUAUGAAGUCCCAAAACUUACAUUGUGUGCUCUACGAGUGACCGAACGAGCAAGAGCUCGUAUUUUGAAAGCUGGAGGUGAAAUAAUCACUUUUGAUCAACUAGCUAUGAGGAGUCCUAGAGGAAAGAAGACUCUUUUGAUUCAAGGAUGCCGAAAGGCUAGAGAAGCUUGCAGACAUUUUGGAAAAGCUCCUGGUGUUCCACACAGUCAUACUAAACCAUACGUUAGAUCAAAGGGACGAAAGUUUGAGAGAGCUCGUGGCAGAAGGAAGAGUCGUGGAUUUAAAGUUUAAAAUAUUGGCUGUAAGGUUGAUAAUCUUAUGGAAUAAAAUGUUCACAUCUA